GCGUUUUAAUACCUUUGAAACAGAUUUUAUAGUUUGUGCGCAGAUUAUUCUUUUAGAAAAAAUAAAUAUAAAGUAAUAUUUUAGGCAAACAUAUGUGGCUAUCAUUAAAUUGCCUUUAAUUAUAUCGCCUUGAGUUAAUCCCACAUCUGUCCACUCUGGUGUGCUGUCAAAUGCUGUCACCUUUCCAAUACUCUAGGAGAUGUGUAUUUGUCGUCUCGUUUGCUGCUGUUCGGUUCGUUUCGGUUCGGUUUAACGAGCAAAGUGAAAAUUUUUAUAUUUUUUAACAAUAAAAAAUUUGAAAAAUUUUCCAUAAAACCUUCGGAGCGUUGAAUGAAGGUUAUUCCUUGCUAACUUAAAUUGCAUUUUUUUGUAUGGAAAUCGUAACGCGUCCAUUCCGUUGUGUGAUUGACGUGUGAAUUGCAUGUGCCUGCGUCUCUGCCCAGCAGAAAACGUCGUCGUUGAAGUCGGAGUCGUCGUCACAGUCGUUAAAGCAAAAGCAGCAAUAGGGAAGUUGGAAAAAGAAAAUAAUUAAAAACUGGAAAUAGGAAGCAGGAGUGGAAGAAUAGCCAAUAAUUGUUCAACCAAAGGAUCGUUUUCACUAUAGGGAUAGCGUAGAAAUAAGAAAGAAAACUGCAGUGGAGCGGUGCUAAUUGGAAGUGUAAUUGCAGUGCAAUCGAAUUUGCUGCACCCUAUCGAUAAAAUUCUCAAUUCUUAAAUAGUUUAACGGUCUCAUCAGUACCGCUGUAGCCAUCAAAAUGUCUGCGGAACGAGAGAUUCCAGCGGAGGACAGUAUCAAAGUAGUCUGUCGUUUUCGUCCGCUCAACGACAGCGAGGAAAGGGCCGGCUCCAAGUUCGUCGUGAAAUUUCCUAACAGCACUGAAGAAAAUUGCAUUUCCAUUGCGGGCAAAGUAUAUUUGUUCGACAAAGUCUUCAAGCCAAAUGCAUCCCAAGAGAAAGUGUACAAUGAAGCCGCAAAGUCUAUUGUCACAGAUGUUCUGGCCGGUUACAACGGUACGAUUUUUGCCUACGGUCAGACAUCUUCCGGUAAGACACACACCAUGGAGGGUGUUAUCGGUGAUCCUGUCAAGCAAGGUAUCAUACCGCGUAUAGUCAACGAUAUCUUCAAUCACAUCUACACAAUGGAGAUGAACCUCGAGUUUCACAUUAAGGUCUCAUACUAUGAAAUUUAUAUGGAUAAGAUUCGUGAUUUGCUUGAUGUCUCGAAAGUUAAUCUGAGCGUGCACGAGGACAAGAAUCGUGUGCCGUACGUUAAAGGCGCUACAGAACGUUUUGUGUCGUCACCUGAAGAUGUAUUCGAGGUGAUUGAGGAGGGAAAAUCGAAUCGGCACAUUGCUGUGACAAACAUGAAUGAACAUUCUUCACGUUCGCAUUCAGUAUUUUUAAUUAACGUAAAACAAGAGAACUUGGAGAAUCAAAAGAAGCUAUCCGGCAAAUUGUAUCUUGUGGAUUUGGCUGGUUCGGAGAAAGUAUCAAAAACUGGUGCCGAAGGUACUGUACUUGAUGAAGCCAAAAACAUCAACAAGUCAUUGUCCGCCUUGGGUAAUGUGAUUUCCGCACUGGCGGACGGUAAUAAGACGCACAUACCGUAUCGUGAUUCGAAGUUGACGCGUAUCUUGCAAGAGUCUUUGGGUGGUAAUGCACGCACCACAAUUGUGAUUUGUUGUUCGCCAGCCAGUUUUAAUGAGGCUGAAACCAAAUCGACAUUAGAGUUCGGUCGACGCGCCAAGACCGUGAAGAAUGUGGUAUGUGUCAACGAGGAACUUACUGCUGAAGAAUGGAAACGACGAUAUGAGAAGGAGAAGGAAAAAAAUGCACGCCUCAAGGGUAAGAUUGAGAAGCUGGAAUUGGAGUUGGCUCGCUGGCGCGCCGGUGAAACGGUUAAUGCCGAAGAGCAGGUCAACGUAGAUGACGUCAUGGAGGCGAGUACACCCAAUUUGGAAGUUGAGACUCCUGCGCCCGCUGCUGGUCCAGUACCUGCCACUCCAGCUGCCGGUCUUAUGGUGGGCUCAAUCAGCAGCGAUGAGCGUACACGUCUGGAAGCUGAACGUGAACGCCUCUACCAGCAGUUGGAUGAGAAAGAUGAAGAAAUUAAUCAGCAGAGCCAGUAUGUGGAGAAUCUGAAGGAUCAGAUUUUAGAGCAGGAAGAACUCAUUGCGAAUGCACGCCGGGAAUACGAGGCACUGCAGUCGGAAAUGGCACGCAUUCAACAGGAAAACGAAUCGGCCAAGGAAGAAGUGAAAGAAGUUCUACAAGCACUCGAGGAGUUGGCUGUUAACUAUGACCAAAAGUCGCAGGAAAUUGACACCAAAAACAAGGAUAUCGAUGCCCUGAACGAGGAAUUGCAACAAAAGCAGACACUACUCAAUACGACUACAUCAGAGCUGCAGCAACUGAAGGAUAUGUCAUCGCAUCAGAAGAAACGCAUCAAUGAGAUGUUGACCAAUCUUUUGCGUGAUCUAGCCGAAGUUGGACAGGCAUUGGCCACAAGUGACUCUGGCGUCGAUAUGAAGAUGAACAGUGUUACCGGUGCGGGCGAUGCGACUAAGGUAGAGGAAGACUUCACCAUGGCGCGCCUAUACAUUAGUAAAAUGAAGACAGAGGCGAAGAAUAUGGCCCAGCGUUGUGUCAACAUGGAAACGCAGCAGGUGGACUCGAAUAAGAAAUUGUCCGAGUACGAAAAAGACCUGGGUGAAUACCGUCUAUUGAUCUCUCAACAUGAGGCACGCAUGAAGUCGCUGCAAGAAUCAAUGCGAGAGGCUGAAAACAAGAAGCGUACACUUGAAGAACAAAUUGAUUCGCUGCGCGAGGAAUGCGCCAAACUGAAGGCAGCCGAGCAUGUGUCCGCUGUGAACGCUGAAGAGAAACAAAAAGCGGAGGAGCUACGUUCCAUGUUCGAUUCGCAAAUGGAUGAGCUGCGUGAAGCGCACACCAGACAAGUGUCCGAAUUGCGUGACGAGAUACUGGCCAAGCAGCAUGAGAUGAGCGAGAUGAAGGAUGUAUACCAAAAAUUGAUCUUGGCACACCAGCAGAUGACAGCUGACUAUGAGAAAUUGAAGCAAGAGGAAGCCGAUAAAUCCAAUAAGCUACAGGACAUCAUCUUAACCAACGAGAGACGCGAACAGGCACGCAAGGACUUAAAGGGUCUCGAAGAUACCGUAGCAAAGGAACUGCAGACGCUUCAUAACCUCAGGAAACUCUUCGUGCAAGAUUUACAGGCGCGCAUCAAGAAGACCGUGAUCAACGAAGACAACGAAGAGGAUGGCUGCUCUUUAGCACAAAAACAGAAAAUCUCUUUCCUCGAAAACAAUCUCGAUCAGCUGACAAAGGUGCAUAAGCAAUUGGUGCGUGACAAUGCCGAUCUGCGCUGUGAACUGCCGAAGUUAGAGAAGCGACUACGCACCACUAUGGAGCGUGUUAAGGCACUGGAGUCAGCGCUCAAGGAGGCGAAAGAAGGUGCGAUGCGUGACCGCAAACGCUAUCAAUACGAAGUGGAUCGCAUCAAAGAAGCAGUGCGACAAAAACAUCUGGGACGACGUGGUCCACAGGCACAAAUCGCCAAACCCAUUCGCGCCGGACAGGGCAAUAUUUCCAUUCGCGGUGGUGGCGGCGGCAGUGCAAUGGGCGGUCAAUUGCCGCAAGCAAGUGCUGUUAAUUCAUAAAGCGAGCAAUGCUACUAUAUUUUAACGUAAUGCGUAUGCUUUUAAAAAGAAUUUGCAAUUUUCCAAUGAAUGAUGCAAGCAAGAAAGUGCGGGAGAGAGGAAAUGCUGAAAAGAAAAAGAAGGCGGGUUAAGAGCCCGAAUCGAUAUAAGAGUGAAGUGGUGAUGGAGGGAUUAGAAGCGUUGAAAUGCAUUGAGGCAAGAAUAGGAAUGGCGAAGCAAAUAACAAAUGAUUUAAUAUUUCUAUUUAGAGAAAAAAAUAAUUAUUUAUUUUACAUGAAAACCAUAAUAAUUAAUUGUAAUACAAAAAAAGAAAAAACUAAUGAUAUAAAAUAUAAUUUUAAACCAUACAGAAUAUGAAGAAAAUUAAAUGAAAAAAAUACAAAAAAAAAAUACAUAGUAUACAAUAUAUACAUAUUUGUGAAAAAUGAAUAUAAUGUACGAACGUCACUUUUGGUUGCUACAGGAAGGGUAUAUUCUCCUUGUUUCCUUACUUAUAUUUUGUGCAAUGAAAAUUGUGUAUUCGAAAAGGAUGCUGAGCAAUAAGUUUUCCAGCAAAUGUGUUUCAUUGCGUUUUUAUUGCUUUAAAUUUCAGAUAAUUUCAGUUCUUGUGCUCUUCUUUCAGCUCUUGGUUCGCUGUGGUGAACCAUCUUCUGCGCAACAGUUAUAUGAUUAGAAUUUUUUUUUAUUUUGUUUUGUAUUUAUAAUGGAGUUCUUAUUUGGACAGCAAAAGCAUGAUUUUGCCUGGUGCAAAAUUUCGAAAAAUGCAUUUUGCUGAUGAGUUUGCUGUGCUGAUUAUUCCAUUUGUGCCUUUUGGAAAUUUGCUCAAUUACUAACAUUUUUAAAUUUGUAUUAAAAUUUUCUGUUUUAAAUUCAUUCAAUUUUCGUUAUUAUUUUUAUAAAAUACGAUAUUGUAAAUAUGUAUCUACUAUGUAGUUUUGAAUGACCUUUUUUACACUUAAUGGCAACUAAAAGUGCUGGCGUGGUGAUGUCUCUGAAAAUUCAAUUCAAUUAAAGCGAUGCUGAAAAGACUUUGAAAAGCAUCUUUGGUUGCAUAGACAUACAUACAUACAAGCAUAAAAGGAUGGGUAUGUAUGAUUUUAAUAGUUUUUAUUUAAGGGUUUCUGGUGAUUAAUUAGCUCAGCCAGUGAAAAAAAAAACAAAAAACGAUUUCCUCAGUUUUGCAUGAAAACUGGAAAUAAUUGCCUUUCGCUUUUUUAAAGUAACAUAUUUUUAUUAGAACUAAUUGUGAAACGCUUUAAAAAAGAUGCCGCAUAACUAACUACCUUCACAUAUGGAAAGUAAAGCUUGUGUUAAAAACUUCGGUUUUUAUGACCUAUGACCUGUAUCAAAAUAAUUUUUCUCGAUUUGAAUGGGAUCAGCUGAUACUCAAAUCGAAUGAAAAGAUAUCUAAAAUUAAACGGUUUUGAGCAGAUUUUUAUUAUUUAACUUUCUCUUAUUGUUAAUGAAAUGUAGUUGGUUCAAAAACAAAAUAAAAAAACACCGCAUGCUCCUAUUGCAUUCGUCAUCUGACGACCUCCGAUGAUGAAAUGGAUUCGUUUUAAAUUUUUCUUACUGUACAGUGAACUACGUAAAACAAUUGUAAUUAAGUAGCAAAAAAAUAUAAUUUUUUUUCUGCUUACGUAGUUAUCUCUUAAAACAAUUGAAAUUAAAUAGAAAAAAAAAUAAUUUUUUUUUUACUGAGUCAACAACUUAAAACAAUGGAAAUUAAAUACCAAAAAAAUAUAUUUUUUUUUUACUGAGUCAACAACUUAAAAAAAUGGAAAUUAAAUAUGUACUAAAAAAAAUUAUUUUUUUUCUUACUGUACAGUCAUCUACUUAAAACAAUUGAAAUUAAAUAGCAAAAACAUAUGUAAUAAUUUUUUUUUUUUUUUUCAAAAUACAAUUUUUUUUUUUACUGCGCAACAUCUUAAAACAAUUAAAUUUUUUAAUUUAUGUAUAUAUACGUAUACAACUUUUUACCUUGCUUCAUUUGCUUUCUAAAUUCGAAAUCUCUUUCUUAUGGUACAUUUUUGAGAAAGGAAAAGUUGAAAACACAGCAAGCAGAAAUUCAGAGUAUAACAGUACUUUUUCCACUGAAUUUACUAAUCAAAAAGAAAACAAUUCAAAAUUAAAUAUAUGAAUCUAAUUUUUUUAUAUAAAAUUUUAACAAAAAUGGCAAAAAAAUAAUACUAAUACCAAAAGCAUAUAAAAAAAAUUACUGAAUUUUUUCACAAAAAAAAAACAUCAAAGAAAACUUAAAAAAAAUUUGAAAAUAAAGUAGCGAUCAUAGUUUCAAAGAAAAAACUAUAAUUCCACAAAUUGAAAAAAAAAAAAUUAUAAUAAUAAUUAACAACAGUUUGCGCGUGUCCACGCUCUGCUUUAAUUUUUGCGUAUUCUGCAUUGUAUUAUAUUGGAAGUUCGGUAAGGAAAAUUAUAGUACAUCACGAAUUUGAAUGGGUAAACAAUUUUAAUAAAGUAGUUUGAAAAAAAGACGAGUAUUUAUGCAAAUUAAACUUAUCUAAAUUAUGCCAGCAGCGUUAAGAUGCAAUGUGCUUUCAUAUAAAUUUACUCAACGCCACGUUGUAUUAAUUCAAUAUUUAGUAAAAUAAGUAAGUAUGCGCGAUGGGAGAUGGGAGAGUUAUGGCACAGAAUCCGGAACACCCGUUGCCUUCCCAUACUGGCGACGGCGUGUUUUGCACAAUGUUUUUGCUAUAUUAUAACAAAAAAUAAUAUAUAAUAAUAAUUAACUAAAAAUUACCAAGCGUUUCUCAGAAGGAAUGCAUAAAAAAUAUUACAAAAAAAAGAAAAAAAAAUUAACAAAAUUUGCUUAUAAACACAACAUUUCACAAGAACACACGCAGAAAUUCAAUAAUGCGGCAGCAGGAUUCAAAAAUUGUAGAACUAUAAAUAUGAAAAUGAGAAAUCAUGCAAUGAAAAAUGAAAAUAAAAAAAUAAUUAGUAGUUAUAUAUGUAUGUAUGUAUUUACGUAUACAUAUACAUAUGUUCAUGAAGGGAUCAAGAGUAAUAAAAAGGUAUAUGAAAUUCAUUCUUGUUUUUAUUGGGUGGCUUUAAAAAAGCGUUCACUACGAUUUUAGUAUCUCAGCGGAGUGAAGUGCGCGAAUCAAGCAAUCAGUUUUUCAGAGUUGGGCUGUGUUCAUAAAUGCAACAUGACGCGCAAAAUACAAUUGCAUAACAAUCAGAACGUUCAGAAAUGCCAAUAUUGCAGCACUGCAAUAAUCAAGCGUUCAAAAAGACAACAAUUCUAUCAGUUGUCACUCAUAAUUUCUAUCAAAAAAUUGUUUACUGCAUUUAACUACGAUGUCUGAUGAAAAGUAAGCAAAACUGUUUUAUUUUAAUUUUUGUAUUGAAAUUUAGUUAAAUUAUGUUAAUAAUAAUUGUAUAAAUUAUUAUUUUUAAAUUUUUAGUGAAAAUCUCAGUAAUGUGGAGACACAGUUAUUGCUGAGAGUACGGUUGAAUAUGGAGGACGAGUUUAAAUCGGGUAGAAGGAAAAAAAAUUUAUUGUGGAAGAAAGUUGUGUCCGAAGUUAAAAAUGUAAAUCCCAAUGUAAGACUGGACAGCACCACAGCGCAGAGAAAAUGCUUAAAUCUCUUGGUAACGUACAAGAGCAUUAAGAAAAGAAAUAAUUCUUCCGGUAGAGAAGCUACAUCCUGGAGGUAUUUUGAGGACUUCGACGAAGUUUAUGGUACAAGGCACUCAAUGACUCCGCCAACAGCAAAUUGUUAAAGUGAAACUAUAAAUGGAAAAACUUUCCUUUACUACCACGAUAUAUUUGAAUGGGGGGCGGAGAGGGAGGGGGCGUGGCACCACCCACCACGCCCAUUAGAAAGAGCAAGGUUACACCAUUAUAACUGUGAAAGUCCCAACCUCCUAGUGUCCCUAUAGAACUCCCAGGAGAUGUUUAAAAAUUAGGUUUUUUCCGACCGCAUUUGCAGUUUGUA